AUGGCAGCUGGUCAUCCAUUUAUUCUAGCAGGUGAUUUCAAUUUCAAACCUAGUGAGAUUCCUUAUCGCGUAAUAACAGAAAAAGGUUAUCUCAACAAUAUACAGUUACCAAAUUCUAACCAAUAUGAAGUGUCUUAUCGACCGAAUGAUGAACAAAUAUUGAAAAGUGCCUAUUGCGAAAAAAAUGGUACUGAACCAAACUACACAAAUUUUGUUUCAACAUCACAAACGCCGAACUUUUGUGCUACACUUGACUACAUAUUCUUUGCUGGUAAUCUUCAUGUCAAUGAAGUGUUAGAUUUACCAGAUCAUCCGACGGGUGAGUCUUAUCCUGAUGAGACACAUCCAUCGGAUCAUUUAAUGAUCGCAGCAUCAUUUCAAUUUUUGUAA